AUGGCUGUUAAGAGGUCAGUGGGCAGAGGCGAAGCCUCCGGCCUCCUUAUACAGAAAUCGGCAGGGGAGAACUCUAAUGCUGACUGCCAGAAGGCCACGCUGACUUUAGAUGGGGAGGCUGGCCUGGAAGAGAUGAUAGAGAUACUUCCUAAUACCAUAAAGACCGACAAUGGCCUGGCUUAUACCUCUAAGCAGAUGGCCACCUUCCUCUCCACAUUCGCCAUGAAACAUGUUACAGGGAUUCCCUAUAAUCCCCAGGCCCCCGUCGCCGCCCCCAUCGCCGUCGCCGCCGCCGACGUCGCCGCCCACGCUGCUCCAGGCGCCACGCUCCAGCCGCCACGCUUCCGCCGCUCCCGGAGCCGGAGCCGGGCGGGAGCCGGGGCAGGAUCGGUGGGGGCCGCCCCGCUUCUCGCCUCUGAGGAAGAAGAGCCGGUGGCCGUGGAGCCGCCCUCGCCCCCACCCCCAAAGAAGAGCCUUCCCCCAGGGCAGCUGGAGCGGGCCGGCAGGUUGGGUCACAAGAUGUCUUCAGAGGGUCCCCGGGGGAGCAGACCAGAACCCCCAGCUCUGAAAGCUCAGACUCUGACCUGUGAGGUGUGCCGGGCUUCUUUUGAGACCCAAAAAGACCUUUCCCGCCAUGCGUGUUCCCGCCAUGUGCGCUCCCGCCCGCGGCAGCCAGGGGCGUCUGAGGCUGAGAGUAGCGGGGCCCCCAUCGACCUGCCCCCAGAAAUGAUGGAACAGAAGGGAAAACCUAGCCGCCCCCUGCCCCUGGCCCUGCCCCUGCCCCUGCCCCUGGCCAAGAAAUCGGGCUCCCCAAAGGAGGCAACUGCCUUUCCCCGCCCAGGCCUGUGGGCCCCCAGCAAGGCAGUUGACAAAUCCCCUGAGACCCGCAUCAACAAGGCCAUCAAGUCACUCCCUGGCUGCUCAUCCAGGGGCCUUUCCCACCCACCGGGCCCCCCUCUCCUCCAGAAGGUGCCGCCUGCUUUGUCGGGGUCCCCCCCACCCAAGAACCCCGGGGACAAGAGCCCCAGGCUGCCCCCGAGCCCCCUGCCAGACUCCUUGAAGGCCCGGUGGCUGCAGCCAGAGUAUAAAGGGCCCCUGAACUUCACUUUAGAUAGUGAUUUGCGCAGAGAGCUUUUUGGCUUGUUGUCUGGGGCCCAGUUUGAGACCAGAAAGGGCCCGUCCACUCAGGCCAGAGCCCACCUGAGCCAGCCGGGGGUGAACCACCCGGGUGCCAAGGGAGCCCCCACAGACUUGGGCUUCCAGACCCUCCUCCCGGGGGAGCGGGCGGUGCCGGCAGAGCCCGGGCGGCCCGGCUUCUCGGCCCGCCGGCCCCCGGCCACGGUUCUCUUGCCGCUCUCCCCUCCACCGGCCAAGAAGCCCGAGCCGAGGGCGUCGGGGGAGGCCGGCCUUCGGGGGGCGCGGGAUCUCUCUCCCGCAGACGUGGAGCUGUCUCCUCUCAGUCUCUCAUCGGACCCGGAGCCAGCCCAGGACAUCCGCUGUGAGCUCUGUGGGCAGUUCUUUGAGAAUCGAAAAGGCCUGGCAAGCCACGCGCGCUCCCACCUGCGGGACAUGGGGGUGACCGAGUGGUACGUCAACGGCUCGCCCAUUGACACCCUGACGGAGAUCCUGAAGGGCCAGACCCAGCCUCGGGCCCGACGACCUCCCGACCCGACCUCCCUGGGCCCAAAGGUACGGGCCGAGGCAAUGGGCGGGGGCCCCGAUGACUCCCUGGGGGCUCAAAGUGCUUCGGAGCCGCCCGUCCCGCCCCCUGCCGGGAACUGGGGCCCAUCGAGCGACCCCCUGGGGCUCUCAGCAACCACCUCCUCACACUCAACUGCUCGGAGGAGGUUCCCAGGUCAGUCACUUUGUUCCCUCCAGGAGAAAUUAAAGUCGGAACCACUGCAGAUGGAGAUCAAACGGGAGCUGUUGGUGGGAGGCCCGCACGGGGAAGGACGCCCAUCGGAUGGACCCUGGUCAUCUCAAGAGGACAAGGCAUCCCUGAAUCUAGCUCCCUGGGCCGAGCCGGCCCGCGACGCCCGCUGUGAGCUCUGUGGGGAGCUGUUUAAGAACCGAAGGGGCCUGGCCUGCCAUGCCCGCGCUCACCUGCGGCGCAUGGGCGUGACCAAGUGGUACGGCUCGCCCAUCGACAAGCUUCGCGAGAUCCUGGAGAACAAGGCCCGAGCGGGGACCGUCAAGAAGGAGCCCGCGCCGGCCGAGCUGCCCCCUCCCCGGGGGGAGGAGGGGCCCAAAUUCCCUGGAAAGGGGCCUCUGGCCCUGUCUUUGAUCCCAUUGUCCCACAGUCCUGGCGAAUAUGGGCCUGGCCCCGCCAAGGGAGCCCAGAAGAUGACCCUCUCGCCUCUUCUCUCCGACCCGAUUGCCGGUUUCCUCACCCCCUUGAGGACGAAGCGGCCGCCGCCCGAUGACCGGCUUCUCCCUGGGGAGAAGAAGCCCAAGACCUGCACGCGCCCGGAGCCGCCCGUCAAGCCGGAGCCCCUUCCCGGCCCAAGCUGCCAGGCUCCCGGGGAAGCCGCGUGCGAGCUGUGUGGUCUCCAUUUUGAGAAUCGCCAGGCACUGGCCAGCCACGCUCAGGCUCACCUGCGGCGACUUGGGGUGACGGGAGGGUGUGUGAAGGGCUCCCCGAUUGAGACCCUGAGGGAGUGGAUCAAGCGGGGUCCCCAGAGGGGGGGCGCCUACCGUAAUCAUAUUCCAGGUGGCCAACCCCUCCUGGGGAAGGGCCACCAUUCCUGCCCCAGACGGGAUGGGGACAAACAAAUGCCCCUCACCCUGGCUCCCACUCGCCUCACGCUGAUGGAGAAGCCCCUGGGGAGUGAAUUCAGGCCCGGGGAAGUGGGCGGGGCCGGAGGUGGUGGCGGGGGACCCCUGGCAGCCUCACCUCCGGCUGUGGCGAAGGCCCACGAACGCCAGCGCCACCAUGUCCGUCAGGGUGGGUGCAGACAAGCCCGCCCUUCUCGGGGGGAGGAGACCAGGGACUCUCAGCAGAAACCGGUCCCGGGGCAGCAGCCACCUCCCAGAGUGCCUCUUGACAACUCCCUGGUCCCCCCCCCUCCCCAGACGCCCUUGGUGACGUUUCGGGGCCCCGUGUACACGCUGAAGUGCAGGUUCUGCCAAGUGCAGUUCCGGGGUCCCCUCUCCAUCCAGGAGGAGUGGAUUCACCAUCUCCAGAGGCACAUCCUGGAAAGGAGCUUCUCCCCGGCCGAGCCCCGGCCUGGGGAGCCUGAGGCCCCCGAGGCCCCGGCGGGGCCAGAGACCCAGUAAUGGAGACGCAGGGAAGCCCCCGAGCCAGCUCUCUCCCCUCUCUGGGGGGCUUUCGCCCUUCCCCCCCCCAGGUGCGUUUCCAAAGGAGCCAGUCACAGAGCACAGACACUCCCGGGGCAUCUUGUGUCUCGGGGAGAUUCGCCCCCCCUCCCUCCUCCCCUCUGCCUUCCUUUUCCCUGUCUGCCCUGCUAGACACCCAUCAAAUGGGCGCAUCAUCCCCGCCUCCUGCUUCAGGGUAGGGGGUCAGGGUGGGCUUCGGCCUUCCCCCAAUACCCAGGCCGGGGAGCCCUGAAAGCCUCCAGUGCCACGGAAAUCACGGGGGCUUCCCCAGCAGCCCGAGGCCCUGAGAGGGGUUUCCCCCAGAACAAUUCAGCUUCCUCCUGCCAAGUGGAGGCCCCAGAGAAUAGCAGGGGGGACUUUCGAAGCCCCUCCCCAUCCCCUCCCCCUCCCCUGCCAGGGGUCUAUGUCUCCCCAUCUCCUCCCCCUCUUUCACUAUUGCUUUUCCUGCUUAGUUUCCUACAAAGUGUAAGUUCCCACUAGUUUUGCAUAGAGAAUAAGGAGCUGAUUUUUAUUUUUGAGUCCUGGGAUGAGUAAAGCCCGGAGGCCGUUGACCUUUUGCCUUUAUUUCAAUGGCCACGUUCUGGUUGGGAAAAAAAUGUAAAAUAAAAAAUAAAAAAAAACCCAAUAAUAAUCCUGCUGUACUUGGAAAACAGAUGUUCUGUGUAGAGAUGAAAUAAAUCAGAGCCAAGAGGUCGAGUGACCUUUGCUGCA